AUGGCAACUCAAUCAUUAAUUCCGUACAAGAGGCCCGACCCCAUGAAGAAAGAUACCAACAAAAGGGACAUGACGAAAUUUUGUCAGUUCCACGGAGACUACGGCCACGACACCAAUGAAUGCUACAACCUGAAGCGGGAAAUAGAAUAUCUGAUCAAGAAAAACAACCCGCACUUAAAGAAGUAUGUCGAGGCCAACCAAGGUCAGAACAACCACGAUCUGUUACCUCCACCGAUAGAUGGACGCUUGCAAGUCAUCAUUGGAGGUCCACACAUCGCUGGAGAUACAGGCAAAGCUCGAGAGAGAUAUGCCCGAAUAGCUCAGUACGAGCAAGAAGAAGUCAUCCUGGUCGUGGAAGAGAGGAAGCCCAAAGUUCCACGCGCAAAAGAGCCAACCAUAACUUUCACUGAUGAAGAUGCUGUCCAGAUCAAAUUCCCACACAAUGACCAGCUGUACUUGGAGUACUGGCUCAUUAUCUCAUUUCAUCACCCUUCGCUGUUAAGCAAACUUCAGAGCAAAAAGAAAGAGUUUUCAGGCUUCAAAGUUGCUGAAGAGUUUACAGAUGAUUUCAGGCUUGCUUGA